AUGAAGCUCUUUGGUGGCGAGCCAACUGGGGGUCUGUGGCUGAUCCUGAAAGCCUUUGUGAGCGUCGCAGUGGUGACGCGGCAGUACGACUUGGUGAACCGGAUGGUUGUCCAGAUUCCGGACGUCCUGGGCGCUCAUCAAAUGGCCCACCUCUACACCGCGGAGGAGGCAGAUGCCAAGAAGUGGACAGGAGCGUACUUCAGCCACACGGAGGUGCGGGCAGAGGCAUCCGCGGACUCUGAGCUCUUGGCCAUACUGCCGGCAGACUGCCCCGGCUGCGUCAAGGAGGAGGACCCAGAAGGCUUUGCUGAGAUUUGCUUCCCCUUCCAGGGCUACAUCCCUUGGAGCGCAGUUCGACUCUGUGAUCCGAAGGAGAUGCCCACCAAAGCGGAGGACUACUCCCCAGCGUUUGAGCUGGUCAGUCUCAUGUACCACACCAGGCGCCAGUACACGGGCAGCAGCGGACCUCUCUUCAUGGACGAGAUCUCUGCCAAGAAGCUCUGCGAUGAAAUCUUUCUGCGGGAGAAGGCCAGCGGCCUGUUGAGGAGACUGGGCCACGGCCACUGCAGUGUGGUCCACGGCAGCUUCUUGGCGGAGACGGCGUCCAAGAGCUGGUGGCCGCCCAAGUACCAGGAUUGGGCAUACCACUCCUUUGUUGCCUUCGAGGAUGGUCACAUUGCGGAUCUGACGGCUGACCAGUUCGAUGUCUCAGUGCCUCAACUCUGGUACCCCGCGGACCCCAGCCGCUACGACCGCAGUAGCCAUCCUGCUGAGGCUGCGCGCUUUGCCAGGCAGGUGACGAUCGGCUUGGAGAAGUGGCGAAGCUUCAUGGAGAAGGAGAGAAAGAGUGCGCCUCGGCGCAUCUACGAGUGGUGGGACGCGGAGAUGAAGGGCGGCUUCGAUGUUCGGCACGGGCAGCAGGGCCAGGUGCUGCGGUGCGGCAAGCCACUGACUCCUCCAGAGCCCUGCAAGGUCGCUUGGGUCAAAGAGCGCAAGGUGUCCUUCCGCCGGCUCACGGAUGCGACGGAGCUGGAGGUCUACCUCGUGGAAGGGCUCUUCGACAGCUUCGAGCUGCAGCGCCUGCUGGGGUUCUGUGAGCAACGCCAAGGCUUCCAGCCCUCGCUGCAGAAGGACAAGCGCGGCCAGGUGGUGCAGGACGGGCGCCGCACCUCGCACUCCUGCGCUAUGCGGUGGAAGCUGUUGGGCGACGAGGGCCAGGAGGAGACCUUUCACGCGCAGAACGCCACAGAGCGCUGCGCAGCGGCGCUCGGGGUGGAGGCCCUGUGCUUGCCUGGCUCAUGGCUUGGCUCGCUCAGCCUGGCGGAGUAG